AUGUUUUUCACUCGCUAUGAUACUGGCGGGCGGACAAACGUUACUUGUUUAUAUCGGAUCCUAUGCUCAUGCUUAACUUUGUAUCCCUUCAGUACCCGCACCACCGAAUUCAAUCCCUACCAUACCAGUGCAGACCUCAUACCUGGUGAUCAUCCCCACCAGCACAACACCCGUAGAUGCAACGGCCACUUUGAUUACAUCCCGGGGCCAUGCCACGAGAACGCCAAUCAUAUUACAGAUAGGGGACCCCAUGGCCAUCAUGAGAUUACUGAACCCAAUUUCAGUGCUACCCGACAAUAUACACCAGUUGAGGAUCAGCAUGGCUCUACAGAGCGGCUGGACCCUGCUCCACUGAUCACCCAAGCACCUCCAAUCGCUACCGUUUCUGCUGGCUUAGCGACUGUCUUUGUUGAGCAGGAGCUAGUUGGUUAUAACUUUGUGAUAGGAGGCUCAUAUACUGUUGCUCCCGGUAAGCCCGUUACUGUGGGUAACACGCCUGUUGAGAUCCGAAAUUCAAAUAGCCAGAUGGAAGUGGUUGUCGGCACAAUCGCAACAUACAGCGUCGCUCCUGUAACCGGCAGCAUUUAUACCGUUGUGAUACCAGCUGCCUUAACCUUCAGAGAGCAAUUGCACACAGCCAAUCGUGCAAGCCACAUCAUAAUGGGUCCAGAGACCACUCUUAUACCCGGCGGCAAUCCAGUGACUAUCGACGGGACGUCGCUUAGCCUUGAGCCCAGUAGGCCAGCAGUUACGGUACAGGGCGCGUCUAUCACUCUACAGCCUAUAACAACAAUUAUCACAUUAACGAGGGAUUUGAUUUCGUUCGAGACGCGGUUUAGCGCCUCUUCCGCUUUGCACCUAUGGAGAGAUGUACUGGAGCACAUGGCAUCGUGGGAACUCGCUUGCUGGAAAUUUACUGUGCGUCAAAUGGCGAAAAAACAAGAAACCCCUUAA